AUGUUGCCCGUGGUCAGUUUAUUUGACAAUGUAGCCCGACGUUUCAAGCCAGUCUUAAAUAACGUACCAUUAUGCUUUGAAGAUAUGGAUAUUAAUCAUGGGCUAGUAUUGUAUGAAACUAAUUUACCACCGAUCGGAGGAUUGACCAAAUUACCACUAGUUAUCGAAUCACUUGGUGACCGAGCAAUUAUCUUUUUGAAUAAUGUGAAAUUAGGAAUAAUGAGCAGAUCUAAUAGUAAUACAACGAUGGAAAUAUCAGUAAUUGGUAAUAAUCAAAAACUGAGUAUUCUUGUCGAAAACCAAGGCAGAAUUAAUGACAAGAGAUUUUUAGUAGAUAGAAAGGGGAUUUUAUCAAACGUAACACUCGGAAAACACAUCCUAGGUCCGUGGGUAAUGACUGGAUAUCCAUUGAACGAAACAUCGUGGUUAGAAACUCAAAAAAUUCAACCAAACGUUAAACCACCAGCUUUUUACAAAGGAGUUUUCGUCGUACCGCAAGAUAAUAAACACCCAAAACCAUUGGAUACAUUUUUAGAUACGUCUGGAUGGUCGAAGGGCGUUGCAUUUAUCAAUGGCAUCAACAUCGGUAGAUAUUGGCCAGCAGUAGGUCCACAAAUCACAUUAUACGUGCCAGCUCCGUACUUAGUUCUUGGACUUAACACUAUAGUAAUGGUAGAACUCGAAGGAUCUUCUGAAGAUCUCACCGUAAAGUUGGUUGAUAAACAUCGUUUGGAUUGGUAG